CUCGACGUCUCCCGCCACCACCGGUCUCGCCUCGUCUUCUCGAGCGACGAGGCCACUCACCGGCUGCUGGCGAUCGGCGAGCGACUCCCAGAGGCGAUGGCGAAAGUACACCCCAGCGCCGCAGCCGCAGCAGCGUGUACCGGGGGCGGGGGGGUGAGGCCCGCCGCGGUGCUGACCGUGUGGCGGAGGUCGCUCCUCUUCAACGGGAACGGGUUCGCGGUGUUCGAUGCGAAGGGGAACUUGGUGUUCCGGGUCGACAACUACGCCUCGGGCAGCAAGGCGGAGGUCCUCCUCAUGGACGCCGCCGGCAAACCGCUCCUUACCAUUCGGAGAAAGAAACUGAGCCUAAAAGACCAGUGGCUGAUCUACGAGGGAGAGGAGGCAGCUAAUCCACGGUUCGCGGCCAAGAGGCAUGUGAGCCUCCUCCACCACGGGGCACUGGCACAUGUCACUCCAUGUGUCUCAGGAGCCAAGCCUUGCCAUGCCUACGAGAUCCAAGGCUCCUACUUGCAGCGGUGCUGUGCUGUCGUCGAUGAUAAGAGGCGGCAAUUGAUGGAGAUCAAGAGGAAGGAGCCUGCCAAAGGCAUCACCUUUGGCCUCGACGUCUUCCGCCUGAUCGUGCAGCCAGGCUUUGACACCUCAUUCGCAAUGGCUAUUGUGAUGCUUCUGGAGAAGAUGUUUGGAUCCCCGUCAUAACUUUGAUCCUUCAAACUAGUGUUCGAUAUGUUUGCAAGUGUGAUCGUAGGAGGCGAAGGGCUAAAGAUUAAUGAUGCUUCCAUUGGAUGGAUGAUGGAUGCUAUGGGACACAAGUGUUUCGAAAUUUUGAUGCCUAAAUAUAAUAACAGAAAGCUUGUUUUGGGAUUUACAGACCAGGUAAUUUCUGCUGUAAAAGGAAGCAGAUAUAGUCAUUGAAUGUGAUUCAAGAGGGAGGUUGUCUCUAGAAUACAAACAAUGUCACUCAAGACCAUCUUAUUGUAUGAGUUUGAUACUUGUGAAGUCCCCUAAAUAUACUUGGGAAGCAAAACAGGCUGCUAAUUAGGUCUGAAAUUGGUAUGUCCCAGAGUCUACUCCUAAGGAACUUAGUUCUUCUUUCUACUCUAAUAUAUCUGGGGCUCAUUGUUUGGCA